AUGGAUAUUACUGAUGCUGAUGGAAGUAAUGCUAAGGUAUACUCCGUCCACUUGCGUGAUGCUCCACAUGAUGGAACUCGCGCUGCGAAGGUGAUUGACAUUGCGCCGAGCGACCAAGCGAACAAACGCAGAACAAGGACACUCAAGGGGCUGUUGAUGGAGGUCGACCUUUGGCAGCUUGGGGGCCAUCAUGCAGGCAUCGUGAAGCUGUUCGAAGUUUUCGUGGGCGCAAACUAUUUUGCAGCCAUUAUGGAAGAGUGUGGGCCCAGCCUCCUGCAGCGAGUUCACGAAAUUGGGCGAAUGAAGGCUGCAGAUGUGGCACGCAUCCUGAAGCAGAUGCUACAGCCCAUUUGCCACCUGCAUGACUUGCAAAUUGUGCACCGAGACAUCAAGCCCGAGAAUUUCCUCUUCGAAGAUGCGGUGGACAGGUCCCGGGUCAAGCUUUGUGAUUUCGGCAUGGCGGCGAAGGUUCCGAUGAGAGGCCUGCUCCGGGGCCGCUUCGGCACACUGCCCUACAUGUCUCCAGAAAUGGUGUCCAGAAGUGGUCACAGCUUUGCCACGGACGUCUGGUCUUUCGGUGCUUCUGCUUACUUCCUGCUCUUCCAAGAGUUCGU